UUUCUGGGCUGGUGUGAGGAUCCAGUGGGUGGGUUAAAGCCUGAGGGCUUCCUCCGCGGGUGGGUUAAACCUCCCCCAUGCAGAGAGGCACACCACCUGCCUUUUAACGCGGGAUGGAAAGGGAAUCGGUUGCUCCACAAAAUAAAAAAAAAAUUUAAAAAAGGAAAAAUAUGUGAUUUUUGUCCAAAAUAGUAUGAAAGCAGAGGGACGAUUGAGCUGUAUGACAUAUGGAAACGAGCUGUACCUGGAGGAGAGGAUAGUGAAGGACUGUGAGGCUGAUGAAGAGGUGGAGAAGCACAGACCAGAAGGCAGAGCAGUGCUGGAAACCACCUACGAGAAAACAGGAGAAGAGACCUCAUGGGCUCACUGAGCCCCUGGGAUGAGGAGCAAAGCAGCCAGCCCCAGCUCUUUGCACCAUGCCCUGGAAAAUCCUCAACACCAGUCGCCAUCCCUCCUCCACCCCAGAGGUCCCUCCGGGCGGGCGGCUGGGCGGGAGAACGGCAGACAAAAGUCCGAUGGGUUUCCAUCCUGCGUCAAGAGCCGCGAGCACCUUUGUUUUGGGAAAAGAUUUGAACAGGUUUUGACGAACACAGAUAAGGUCCCACCAUGAUGACGUUUGGGUCACUCCUCUCUUUGCUGUGAUAAGAGCUGGCCUUUUAUCAGAUGGUAACACUUUGAUCUGGCUGUUGAAGACGUGUGUUGCUCUAUUCUCACCCAAGCACCCCACUAAGGACGCAAACUCCUCAAAAUCCUUGUGGCCCAAAAUACAAAGAAGCCCUUGAAGCCGGGGGUGUGUGUGGUGGUAAUGGAAAAACGAGGUCAGCAGAUAAGGAGGGGGGGGGUCUCACUGCUUCCCAGUAUAAAACUGGGCAGUCCGGGCAGCUCGGCCUGUCUGCUGCAGUUUCUGAGAAGGUGUGCGUGGACUGGCGGACAACUCCUGCACCAUGAAGUGGCUCGUCCUGGCCCUGGUCUGUCUCCAGCUCUCGGAGGGGAUGGUGAGAAUCAAACUGAAGAAAGCCAAGUCUAUACGGGAGAAAAUGAAGGAGGCCGGUGUGCUGGAGGACUUCCUGAAGAAAAUUAAAUAUGAUCCAGCUAAGAAAUACCACUUCAGUGAGGACUAUGUUGUGUACGAGCCGAUGACCAGCCACCUGGAUUCCUCCUACUUCGGGGAGAUCAGCAUGGGGACCCCCCCGCAAAGCUUCCUGGUGCUUUUCGACACCGGCUCCUCCAACCUGUGGGUGCCGUCCGUCUACUGCCAGACGCCGGCGUGCUCCAAUCAUGCAAAGUUCAAUCCCAGCGAGUCCUCCACCUUCACCUCCAACGGCCAGUCCUACACCCUCUCCUACGGCAGCGGCUCGCUCACGGUGGUGCUGGGCUACGACACGCUGACGCUCCAGAGCAUUGUGGUCACAAACCAGGAGUUCGGGCUCAGCGAGAACGAGCCAACCGAGCCUUUCUACUAUGCUGAUUUUGAUGGGAUCAUGGGAAUGGGCUACCCCUCGCUGGCGGUGGGAGGGACACCCACCGCGCUGCAGGGCAUGCUGCAGCAGAACCAGCUCACCCAGCCCAUCUUCAGCUUCUACUUCUCUCGCCAACCCACCUACAACUACGGGGGAGAGCUCAUUCUCGGAGGAAUUGACACUCAGUUCUUCUCUGGGGACAUUAUGUGGGCACCGGUGACCCAGGAGCUUUACUGGCAGGUGGCGAUUGAUGAGUUUGCUAUCGGGCAGUCAGCGACCGGCUGGUGCAUCCAGGGCUGCCAGGCCAUCGUGGACACGGGGACGUUCCUGCUGACGGUGCCCCAGCAGUACAUAGGCAGCUUUGCUCAGGCUCUUGGUGCCCAGCCGACUAACGAUGGUUAUGCAGUUGACUGCAAUGAGAUCCAGAACAUGCCCACCAUCACCUUCGUCAUCAACGGAGCUCAGCUCCCACUCAGCCCCUCCGCCUACGUCUCGAACAACAACGGCUACUGCACUCUUGCGAUUGAGGAGACCUACGUGCCUUCCCAGAAUGGGCAGCCGCUCUGGAUCUUGGGUGAUAUCUUCCUGAAGGAGUAUUACACCAUCUUUGACCUGGCUAACAACAGCAUCGGCUUCGCCUCGUCGGUGUAGAGGAGCAGAGCAGCAAAAUCCAGCCCUUCUCCUGGCCAAACACACCUUAGCCAGCAGUGCUGGAGCACUACGGGGUUCCUAUGGACCUUUAUGUUCCUUUACGUGUCUGCAUGGUUCCCCAUCCCUCCAGGAUUUCUGUGUGUGCUCUCACAGUCUCCUGUUACA